AUGAACACAACUCAUGUGAAACCUAACAACCCAAUAAUUGGGAAGAAACAAUUCCAGCUCACCACAUUUGAUCUUCCUUACCUUGCUUUCUACUACAACCAGAAGUUUCUUCUCUACAAGUUCCAGAACCUUCUCGACCUCGAGGAACCCACUUUCCAAAACAACGUCGUUGACAACCUCAAGGAUGGUUUGGGUUUGGUUCUUGAAGAUUUCUAUCAGCUCGCCGGUAAGCUGGCUAAGGACGACGAAGGAGUCUUCCGAGUUGAGUACGACGCCGACGACGAAGAGGUCAAGGGCGUGGUGUUCUCGGUGACUGAUGCUACUGACGUCAGCGUUGAUGAUCUGACAGCUGAGGACGGGACAGCGAAGUUCAAAGAGUUUGUUCCGUACAAUGGGAUCUUGAACUUGGAAGGACUUAGCAGACCUCUUCUUGCUGUCCAGGUGACCAAGCUUAGAGAUGGGCUUGCAUUGGGCCUCGCUUUCAAUCACGCAGUCCUCGACGGAACUGCAACGUGGCACUUCAUGAGCUCAUGGGCCGAGAUCUGCCGUGGGGCCAAGUCCAUCUCGACCCAACCUUUCCUCGACCGUGCGAAGGCGCGUGACACGCGCGUGAAACUCGACCUCGCUUCCUCUAAGGACCCCAACGCGUCCUCCAACGGCGAUGCAACGGCGGCGCCGCCGCAGCUGGUGGAGAAGGUCUUCAGAUUCUCGGACUCCGCCAUCCACACGAUCAAGUCAAGAGCCAAUUCCGUAAUCCCAUCCGACGGUUCAAAACCCUUCUCCACUUUCCAGUCACUCGCAUCUCACAUCUGGCGCCACGUCACUCUCGCUCGCGGGCUCAAACCCGAGGACAUCACCAUCUUCACCGUCUUCGCCGACUGCCGCCGCCGCGUGGACCCUCCGGUGCCGGAGGAGUAUUUCGGAAACCUGAUCCAGGCGAUCUUCACCGGAACCGCGGCGGGGCUGCUGGCGGCGCACGGGCCGGAGUUCGGAGCUUCGGUGAUCCAGAAAGCGAUCGUUGCUCACGACGCGAAAGCGAUCGACUCGCGGAACGAGGAGUGGGAGAAGUCUCCGAAGAUAUUUCAGUUCAAGGACGCCGGAGUGAAUUGCGUGGCGGUGGGGAGCUCGCCGAGGUUCCUGGUGUACGAGGUGGAUUUCGGGUGGGGAGAACCGGAAACCGUUAGGAGCGGGUCGAACAAUCGGUUUAAUGGGAUGAUGUAUCUGUACCAAGGAAAAGCUGGAGGUAUGAGCAUUGACGUGGAGAUCACUCUCGAAGCUUCUGUUAUGGAAAAGCUCGUCAAGAGCAAAGAGUUUUUACUCGUCGAGGAAGAGGAAGAACAUGGACAGAAGCUCAGCAAUGGUAAUGGUAAUGGUAUUGCCAACGGUAAUGGUGAUGGUAUUGCCAACGGUAAUGGUAACGGUAAUGGUAAUGGUAUUGCCAACGGUAAUGGGUUUGUUUGA